AUGGCUCAGGAUUUCAGUGCGCUGCAAGUUCUACAGCAGAUGUUUGCCAAUAUCGAGCAAAGUGAGUCUGAAGAGGAGGCAGAGGAUGUGUCAGAAGAUGACGGGGAAGAGUGUGCAGAGAAUGUAGCAGAAGAGGAUGACGAAGAAGAAGACGGGCAAGAGUACGCAGAGCAUGUGUCAGAAGAGGAAGAGGAAGACGGGCAAGAGUACGACGCAGUCAACCAUGACGACGACGACGCCGCCGCCGCCGACCAAGCCCCUCAAAUCGACAGAGAUACUUUCUUGUCGAAAAACGGACAAAUUGAAUGGUGUUCGAUUGCGUAUCGGAGGAAUCCGAGGCUGCUAUCGCAACGUGAAAGUACGGAGAGGACCCCCAGAGGACCCACAGCUUACGCCGUUUCCCACGCUCACGACAUCGUCUCCGCAUUUUUACUCUUUGUCACGCCACAAAUCGAAAGAGUAAUCUUGGACGUGACAAAUCGGGAAGGUUAUCUGAAACGCGGAGAGGAGUGGAAAGCCACGGACGCCACUGACCUACGUGCCUACAUAGGGCUGCUAAUCCUGGCAGGGGUGUACAAAUCCCGAGGCGAAGCGGCCGCCAGUCUAUGGGACGCGCAAAGCAGCAGAGAGAUUUUCCGCGCUACCAUGCAGCUGAAACUCUUCUACACCUAUUCGACGUCGAUACGAUUUGACGACCGUGGGACACGAGCGGCGAGACGCGCGACGGACAAGUUGGCGGCGAUAAGAGAGGUCUGGGAUAUGUGGGUAGAGAGAUUACCACGCCUACACGACCCAGGGCCCGAAGUGACCGUGGACGAACAACUGCUCGCGUUCAGAGGACGGUGUCCUUUCAAGCAGUACAUGCCAAGCAAACCGGCGAAAUACGGCAUCAAGUCGUGGGUCGCGUGCAAUGCAAAAUCAAGCUACGCUUGGAAGAUGCAAGUCUACACCGGGAAGCAGAUGGACAGAGUCCCGGAGAGGAACCAGGGGAUGCGCGUCGUGCUCGACGUGACAGAGGGCCUGAAGGAUCGCAAUGUCACGUGUGACAAUUUCUUCACCUCUUACGAACUCGGACGAGAGCUCAUGGCGACGAGAAACAUGACCGUGGUUGGCACCGUGCGAAAGAACAGGGCCGAGCUCCCGUCCGAGCUGCUGACGACAAAGACGCGACGGGUGCUGUCGUCGCAGUUCGCCUUCACUCCAACCACCACUCUGGUUUCCUACCUCGCGAAGAAAAAUAAGAACGUUUUACUCAUGAGCACACGCCACACAGACGCUGAAAUCAGUGACAGAAACGACGGCAAACCGACCAUUGUCCUGGAUUAUAAUUUGAACAAAGGCGGAGUCGACAAUCUGGAUAAGGUCAUCACGGCCUACAGCUGUAAAAGGAAGACGGCCCGCUGGCCCCUCAUCAUCUUCAGCAACAUCGUUGACGUCUCCUCCUACAACGCCUUUGUGAUAUGGAGAGAGGUCAACCCCUACUGGAUGCCGCGUAAGCGCAACAAGAGAAGGUUUUUCCUCGAGCAGCUCGGAAGGGCCCUCGUGACUCCGCUGAUCGAAAGAAGACGAUGUCUGCCCCGCACUGGAGCUGCUGCCGCGGUUGUGAAAGAUCUACGGAUGGCCAGCUGUCGCGAUCCGCCUCCUCAACGCUGGGCUUCGGCCAAGGAGAGGUUCCCGUUGACCCUGGACGACCCGCGGGAGUGUGUGCAGAAGACUGAACAACUCAGUCGAGUGCAGAAGAGGGCUUUGCUCAAGCCACAGCGCUGCUAA